GCUUGGUUCGGUAAAUGGAUGAAAUCCUAAAUAAAUUUCGAUCUAUUGUAGUCUAGCUUUAGAGAACUAGUCCACCCAGUUAAAAAUGGCUGGUAGUCGAAGAGAAAAAUUGGGUUCUAUACUUACCAGGAUGACAGGCCUGUUGCGGUCUGGAGCAAUAAAAGAAGAAGACCGUCCCAUUUGGUAUGAUAUAGUGAAGGCACUCCCACCUAAGCCUUCUCUACAUCCACGACAAGUACAAACAGUUUUCUACCCAGAAGACUAUAUUAGAGCACACUUUUAUAGAAAUUUUACUGAUAGUGAACCAGUUACUCUUAAUAAUAACAUCAUAUCUGUGACUCAGAGAUUUGUAGAUAAAUAUAUUGAGCUACAAUCCCAGAAAUCACAUCCUGUGGAUCAAUUGUUUCAAAUUACUGUAAACAAAUUACAAGAAGAAGGUGUGAAAUUACAGACUCAUGAAGAGAAACCAAUGACCAAUAUCAAUAAGGCCUCUGCUGAUGUACCAAAAGUAAAACUGCCUACAAGAAAUAAGGAUCAACAGAAGAUGGAAUUAAAUUUAGAUGAUUUAUUCAAAGAGAAUACUUAAUCUUAACUGGAAUAAAACUAUAAUGCUUUGCUAAUGCAUUUUCCAAAAAAAUUGUGUUUAU